UGAAAAUGACUUCAAAACUAUAUUUUAUCCAUCUUGAUUAAAAAAAAAGUUUUAAUUGAAGAAAAUGGCAGACAAUACAGAAAGGAAGAGUAAUUGGAAAGAACUGGCUGCUCAGAAAGAAAGAGAAUGGAAAGAAGUAACUGAGCUCAGAAUGGAAACAUUAGAAGCAGCUUAUGUAGAAAAGGACAAACAGUUAAAUGAAGAAAAAUCCAAACUUCAGAAGUUGAAGGAAGAUUUUAAGUAUAAUUUAAAGCUUUUAGAAGAGAGAGAUCAAGAGUUAGACAGAUAUGAUAAAAUAUUUGUAGAUCUAAAAACUGAACUGAGCAUGAAGAAUGGUGAGACAAGUGAACUAAAGAUACAGAUAGAUGACUUGAAAUCAGUGAUAGCUAGAGAUAACCAAGCUAAGGAUGAGUUACAGAGACAUUAUCAACAAAGACUCAAGGAAAAACAAGCAGAAGUUGACUCAUUUAAAUGCAAUAAAGAUGCUGAAUUACAAGAUGAAAGAAAAGAAUUUGAGCAGUUUAAAAGAAAUCUUCAGAGGAAAAUGACAGAAGUUGAAGAAGAGCUUGAUACUCAGAGAAGGGAAUUAGAAACAAGUUAUGAAGAUGUUCUGAAGAAGAGAGAACACGAGUUCAGAGUUAACAGUAAUGAAAUGAACAGUAAAGUUCUAGAAUAUGAACUGAAGGCCAAGUUACUUGCAAAGGAAUUAGAAAUCAUGAAGUCAAUGCAAAAGAAGAAUUCAGAUGAAUAUAAACAGGUGGAAACAAGCAACUUACAGCUAGAUAAAAUAUUGAAAGAGAAAGACUGGGAGUUGGCUGAUUGUAAAGCUAUGUAUACUGCUAAAACAACAGAAUUAGAGAAUAAAUUACAACAGACUGAAUUGUCUAUGAACAGAAUGAAGGAAGAUUUUCAGAGGAAACAUGCAGAAAUGGAUAGAUAUGGGCGUGAAAAAGAGGCUGCCUUAGCCAAGGUGAAGGAGGGGUAUGCUGAGAGAGAACAGUCACUUCAGAAUACAAUCAGAGACCUACAGUCAAAGUUAGAAGACAGUCAAGUGGAAAUCAGAAAACUACAAUGGUCUUAUUCUGAUCUACAGAAAGAAAAGGAAAUACAGGCUGAAAAAUUGAAUGAUGAGAUUGUACAAUUAAAAGAGAAAUGGGAUAAACAGAUUGUAGAAGUGUCGAGAAGUCAGGUCAAUAAAGACAUAGAAGUUCAAACUCGCAGAGAAAAUGAAGAAAAACUGAGGGCAGAAAUAAAUCAAAAGAAACAGGAUAUAGAAAGGUACAAAAAAGAGUUAAGCCAGGCAGCUGACAGAGAGGCCAGUUUAGACAGAAGUCAGGCCCAAUUAGAACUUGACUGGCAGAGAAGAUUUGAGGAUGUAGAGAGAAACCAGUAUGAGAAAUCAGAAGAAUUGAUACAGAAAUUAACCAGAAAUAGAGAUGAUGCUUUAGCUACAGUUAAAGAAAAGAACAGAGAACUGGAGCACAGGGAGACGCUAAUACGGACACUAUACAGGGACAGGGAACAAGCUCUCUCUACACUGAAGAAACAUGGAAUCACAGUAGAUAAAAAUAUUAAUGUCGAUAUUGAGAAAGGUUUAAACUUUGUGGACAAAGAACAAGUUGAAAACCUUAAACAGCAAAAUCAAAGUUUAAAAUCAGUCAUCAAAGAAAUGAGAACUCAGAUGGAAAAUUUAGGUCAUGACCUACCUCAGAUGACACUUAUGGACCCAGUGAAGAAAGAUUCCUCAAAUGAGUAUGUCACAGACUUGGAAGAUGAAAUAAAGAAACUAAGACAGAAAACAAGAGAUUUAGAAAGUCAAAUAAGUAAUACUAGAAAGCAUGGACAAAUUCCUACUGUAUCCAUGGUAACAAAUGAACAUGAUGUGAUGUCACAGGUCAAGGACAACCAUAUUGUGAAAUGUCACAUUCAGUCCCUAAAUGAAACUCUAGGUGCUUUAAGAACAGAGAAAAUAGAAUUAUCAGCACAAGUAAAGAAACAGCAAGCUCGUAUUAUAUAUCUAGAUAACCUUGUGGACAAACUAUCAAAAGAGCCAAAGACAAAACAGAUAGAGAUAGAUCAGUUGCAGUAUGAGGUUGGAGCUCAAGGUCGUCGUUCUGUGGCAGAGAUAGCCAGUCUUAAACAGAGAGUAUCAGACCUGGAGAUACAGCUAGUGGAAGCCAGGAAAGAAGCUGACGAAUAUUAUAAAGGAAAUCUGGAGAAAAACAUGGAUAUAUCUUCAUUAUCACAACAGAUAUCACAACUAAAGAUUGAUUUAUCAGAGAAAAGACCUGUUGUUAACUUUGGUGCUCAGGAGCUAGUCAUACAACAACUACAGGAUGAAAUGUCUAGAUUAAAACAACAAGCAAGUCAUGUGACAUCAUCUGGUCCAAUCCGAAAACAGUCUUCAAAUGUCCAAGUGGAGGAACUACAAGAAAAACUGAAGUCUGCUGCUAAACACAUUGCACAGCUGGCCAAGGAAAGACAACAGUUGAUAGAGAUGGGUAACAGACUAAGAGCAGAACUAAAGAAAGCAGGUGUUGCCCCACCAUCCAAUCCACAUAGCACAAGUUAUAUUCCACCAUCCAACCAACCUACUACAAGACAUAUUCCACCAUCUUUGCAAAGUGAGGAUCCUACAAAUCCACUGUCACAACAAUUUCUAAAUAAACUGACCCAGCUAGAGAAACUACAGUAUGAACUGACCAAACAGCAAUUACAGUAUGCUCAAAAGUUUCCCGAGGACGGCAAAAGUACUAUGGGAUCUACAUCUAACAAUAACAACAACAUUGGACAAACACAGGAGGAAUAUAGACCUCCAUCUAUACUGAAAAAAUCUAUAGACUUUGCAGAUCAGGAUGAAUAUAUGGAUGUACGUGGUAGCUAUGGUGAAAGAUCUCUGGCUUCUACAAACAUCAGUAUACCCGAAUCUGAUGGUAAAACACAGAGGGAACAGUUGGGGAUCAGUAUGUCAUCGGUUGGAGGGGAAUCAUUACAGGAGAUAUGGAAACUUCUGGAAGAUAGGCCUACCCCUACACCCAGAUCUCCACUCAGAAAAGAUACAAGAAAUACAAGAUCAGCAGAGGGGAAGUCAAGUUCAGAAGACUUUGUUUUACAAGGAUCCAAACCCACAUAUGAACAAAGAUCUAAAUCCCAGCCUUAUAGACCCUCAGUGAAACCGGCCAAGAAGAAAGUUAUAAAUAAACAGCAUGUAAGAAAUUAUAAUUGGAGAGACGGAGACAAUAGCUGACAAGUCGAAUAUUCAAAGUAUAUUUAAAUUAUCAGAAUAUCUGAAAGUGCUGGUUAGAAUAAGAAGAUUGGGACCAGUUUAAAGGAAAAUUCAGAAAGCAUGUAUAUGUAGUGAAAUAGAAAAACUGAAAUAGUAUUAGAUACAAGAUCAUGUCAUACUUAGUAAAUACUUGAUAACCUGCGUUGAGAGAAACAAUACAGGCUGAGUAUAUAUUAUUGAUGGUAUAUAUAUAUAAAAAGGAUCAGAAAAGUAUGCUAGAUUUCAUAUAACAUAUUACCUCCAUUUUUAUUACGAACUUUUCCAUUGAAAAUUCAUCAUUUUUUUUUAAUAUUGUACAUUAGAAAACAUCCGUCUUAAACAAAGGAGCAUUUGCAUUUUAGUACUUUUUUUAAUACAGCAUUUUUGAACUGGAAAAUUUUCUUGAAACUUGGAUAAAGUUUUGAUAAUGUUUGGCUGAAGCAUUUACAAAAUAUGUACAUCAUAUCUACAAAACAAUGAUUGUUUUAUUUAUUUGUAUAAGUAGGAUCUGUAACU